GAAGGGAGACAACCUUUCUCCCUCUCCUCUCUCGCUCUCAUCAAUGGUGGUUUGGGUGGAGCUUUACGCAACCCGUUACCCCUAUUCUUGAUCAUAUCUUCUCCGUAGCCCCACUUCAAUCCCAUUCCCUUCGAUCUCUGUGUCUCUCUCUGGACUCUGCUGGAUCGUUUCUCUUCUGCACUGUUGCGAUUUGCGAUGGUUGCGAUGGUGAAGUUCGCUUUUUGACGCCUGAACAGUCCCAUGCUCCCUUCGCUUGUUGCCUGAUUUCGACCGAAUCGAAAACCCACUUUUUCUUUUCUUCUGCCCGAAGGGAAUUCCAUGGGCAACAGCGGCAGCACCGGCGCCAACCGCCGCCGGAGGCACGGGAGCCGCCGCGGCCACCCUCCGCCCCCGGGGAUGCCGCAGCCGGGGGUCACCUCCAACAGGUACGUCGUCACGGCUGCGACGACGUACCCGCCCCAGUACCCGAACCAUAACCCCCCUCCUCCGCAGUACUACCAGUACCCUGGCUACUACCCUCCGCCCCCGCCGGUGAUGCCCGUGCCGCUCCCGGCGCCGUACGACCACCACCACCACCGGGGCGGUGCUGGCGGCGGCGGCCCGCCGCAUGUCGACCAGGCCCACGGGAAUUGGGUCGGCGGGAGGUACCCCUGCGGGCCGGUCGUGAUGAUGCCUUAUGUAGAGCAUCAGAAGGCGGUUACUAUUAGGAAUGAUGUGAACAUAAAGAAGGAGACACUGAGGAUUGAGCCUGAUGUGGAGAAUCCUGGGAAGUUUCUGGUUUCCUUUUCUUUUGACGCCACUGUCGAUGGAAGAAUCACAGUGGUUUUCUUUGCAAAGGAAGGGGAGGACUGUAGUCUCGUUGCAAUGAAAGAAGACCUUCUACCACCAGUAAUAGUGGAAUUCCAGGAAGGUCUUGGCCAGAAGUUUAAACAGCCCUCUGGAACAGGAAUUGAAUUUUCAAUGUUCGAGGAGAUGGAAUUAAGAUACAGUGACACAGACGUGUAUACUCUAGCAGUGAAGGCGGAGGCAUCCGUGUGUACCCAGAAAGGUCCUGAUGGGAAUGUUAUGUCCAGGACCAUGAACUCUCAGAUAACUCAGGCUGUGUUUGAGAAGGAGAAGGGCGAAUAUCAGGUACGGGUUGUGAAGCAGAUCUUGUGGGUGAAUGGAAUGAGGUAUGAGCUGCAGGAGAUUUAUGGCAUUGGGAACUCGGUUGAGAGUGACAUUGAUGGAAAUGACCCUGGAAAGGAAUGCGUGAUUUGCCUGUCAGAACCAAGGGACACAACUGUCCUUCCCUGCCGACACAUGUGUAUGUGCAGCGGGUGUGCCAAGGUUUUGAGGUUCCAGACAAACAGGUGUCCCAUUUGCCGGCAACCGGUCGAGAGGCUUCUGGAGAUCAGGGUCAGCAGUGCUCCUGACGAAUGAAGUUGCCCUUAAUUAGUGUGCUCAUGCUGUAUAAUAGUCCUUUGGUUUUGUUCCUUAUUAUUUUCUUUUCUUUGAAAUUCUUUUUAUUCCUUGGUCUAUGCUUAUUUAGUCUUGCCUGUGUAAUGAUCACAUGGCGAGCUUUACUCACCAAGGCACAACGAAGCGUUCGCUCCGAAUUCAUCAAUGAACAUACUGGUUUUUAAUA